AGGACCGCAAGAAAGCUAAAGCCCGCCCACCGCGACAUGAAUGACAGGUUGACAACCAAUCAGAACAGAGAUUAGAGAAGGAACUCCUGCAACGGCGUGAAUUCUGAACGCGAGCUUGGACUGUUGGAGGCACAGCAGUGAAUGCCGGCCGAAGAGAGGCCGCCUAUCAACCAUGCAAUUUUAAGGAACCUGGACAGGAGCUGAAAAUAUCUUCAUCAUCCCUUAGAAGUCAGAUGAAAUGAAGUAGACCUUUGGAUCGGUUUUUGAAAGUUUGUAAAGUUUCAUCAGGACAAAACCGGUUAUCACAACUAAAGGCUUUCGUCCAGUGCUAUAAGACAUUUUUUGUAGCAGAGUUUUCUUAUAUUAGCACAUUUUUUGCUUGAAUUAAUAAUCUCACAACUGCAAUCAUGGGAGCAGCAGAUUAUGGAUAUUACCGCACCGUUAUUUUCAUUGCUAUGUUUGUGGGCUACAUGCUGUAUUACUUCAACCGAAAGACUUUCUCCUUUCUGAUGCCAUCAGUGAUGGAGGAGAUUGAUCUGGAUAAAGAAGAGCUUGGGCUGAUCACCAGCAGUCAGACUCUGGCCUAUGCUAUCAGUAAGUUUAUCAGCGGAGUGCUUUCGGACAGGAUCAGCGCUCGCUGGCUCUUCUCCAUCGGGCUCUUCAUUGUGGGCACCAUAAACAUCGCCUUCUCCUGGUCAUCCACUGUCAUGAUGUUUACCGUGCUUUGGUUCGUGAACGGGUUUGGCCAGGGUUUUGGCUGGCCACCAUGUGGAAAGGUGCUUCGGAAGUGGUUCGAACCAUCCCAGUUUGGCACGUGGUGGGCCGUCCUGUGCUGCAGUAUGAACCUGGCAGGUAGUCUGGGACCCAUCAUCACUACAGUGUUGGUUCAGUACUAUAACUGGAGAAUCAUCAUGUCCAUGUCUGGGGUGAUCUGCAUGGCCGUCGCUUUCGCUUGCCUUCUGAUGGUGAAGAACGAACCCAGUGAUGUGGGGCUGCCCAACAUCGAGCUUGGAGCUAAAAAGGGCAAAGGGAAGAAGGGAGGCCCUAACGAUGAAAGCAGUCUAAAAGACUUCCUGCUGUCUCCGUACCUUUGGGUGCUGUCUGCGGGAUACCUGGUUGUGUUUGGGGUAAAGAUCGCCUGCACUGACUGGGGUCAGCUCUUCCUCAUGCAGGAAAAAGGCCAGUCUGCCAUGAUGGGCAGCACGUACAUGAGCGCACUGGAAGUUGGUGGGUUUUUUGGCAGCAUUGGAGCUGGUUAUCUGUCGGACAGGGCUGUUGCUCGGCAAGGGCUGGGUAUCUAUGGCAAUCCUCGCCAUGGGCUACUCCUGAUGAUGAUGGCAGGCAUGGCUGUGUCCAUGUACCUCUUCCGGGUUACCAUCACACCAGAGAUCCCAGAGGAAGCACCGCUAUGGGUUUUGGCACUCCAUCCAGUUUCAGUCCUCACUGGUGUCUCUGAGAAAGAGCUUUGGAUUUUGAUUCUUGGUGCUGCAUUUGGAUUUUCCUCAUACGGACCAAUUGCCUUGUUUGGGGUGAUUGCGAGUGAGAGCGCCCCCUCCAAUUUCUGUGGGACAUCGCAUGCCAUUGUAGCUCUGAUGGCAAAUGUUGGUGCAUUCAUUGCUGGCCUGCCAUUCAGCACCAUUGCCAAACGCUACAGCUGGGACACAGCAUUCUGGGUAGCGGAAAUCACCUGCGCUAUAACAACAGUUUGUUUCUUCUUUGUGCGUAACAUGCGCACAAAAAUGGGCCACGUGCCUAAAAAGAUGGACUAAUCCUCUUAUUAAAAAGAUCCGAUCAUAGAGCCCUGCCAAUGUGACAGCACUCGAUUAGCACAUCUGCUCUUUAAGGGAAAUGUCAUUUCUGUCAUCAUUUACUCACCUCAUGUCGUUUCAAACUUUCUUUCAUCUUUGGAACACAAAUGAAGAUAUUUUUAAUGAAAUCAGAGAUUUCUGUCCCUCCAUUGAGAGUCUGUUCAGCUAAAACUCUGACGCUUCAAAAAGUUCAUAAAGAGAUCAUAAAACGAAUCCAUAUGUAUCGAGUGGUUUAAUCCAAAUCUUCUGAAGAGACACGAUCGCUUUGUAUGCUGACAGAUUUCAUUUAGGCUUUUAUUCACAUAAACAUUGAUCAGCGAACAUACGUAGAGCAUAAACUUUUAAUGGAGGGACAGAAAUCGCUCAGAUUUCAUUAAAAAUAUCUUCAUUUAUAAAUAUCUUUCAUUUUCUUAAGAUGAACGAAAGUCUUGUGGGUUUGAAACAACAUGAGGGUCAGUAAAUGAUGAUAGAAUUUUCAUUUCCUUGAACUGUUCUUAGGGUUUUAAUGCCAGUGUUACUGUUGCACUUUUAAAAAUGUAUAUUUUUAAAUUGCAUUUAGAUUACUUUCAGUAUCAAAUUAAUUGUUUUUUUUUUUUCUUGGGCUUAUUCAGCAGCAAUAUCACAACAUUCACACACUUUAGAGAUAAAGUGGCUCCACUGUACAUCUUUCAGAAGAACAGAACUUGUAGUACUGUUAGAAUAGAAAUGUUUACAGACUUAAAAGGGACCUAUUAUGCAAAAUUCACUUUUAUAUGAACACAGAUGUGUGUGUAAACAACCAGGCUAUAGUGGUAAAAAGUGAGUGAUUUUGUUUUUUGUUUGGUUCAUAUUAACAGCAUAUACAGCAGUAGGUACUGUACUGUAUAUUACGCUGCAGUAACUUUAAUACACAGAUCUCAUAUUCACAUGCGCUUUCUCUACUCACUGUUUACGUUCACAGACAUAACCGACUGUGUCUGUGAACUUUGUGUGUAUUUGACAUAACCUUGUGUGUAUUUAAGCGCAAUAAGACGUGAAAGAGAACUUGGUUUAAUACUCACGGAAUACGGAUGCUCCUUCUGACAGCCAGAUUUCUGUGCACGUGCUACGGAUAUGUGUGCUCGGAACACAUCGGUUUAAAACGUAUGCAGAUAACAAACUUUCAUGAUGAUGAAGAACUGCAAUCUCACAUGAGCGUGACCACGACAGAUAGGAUAGGCUUGUUUGAUUUCAAGCAGACCGAUCGGUGUUAGACAUCAAAAUACUGCGAGAGUGAUUAGGUGGCUCUGUAAGCUUUUAAAAUCGCUCUCGCAGUACUUUGACGUCAUACGCUGAACAGUCUGUGCAGCGCUGCUUCAAGUUGAACAAGCCUGUUACUCAAAACUAAACAGAUGUUUUAGUUUUUGGCGGAGUAUCCGAGGCGCAUCAGCUUAUUUGCAUUUAAAGAUGCAUGCAUGAAAGCAGCAUGCUUUUCCUUCCACUCAAAAAUGGGUAUUUACAACAUGGUAUAAUAAAUGAUCUGUGGGGUGUUUUGAGCUCAAACUUCACAGACACAUUCUGGGAACACCUGAGACUUAAAUUACAUCUUGUUAAAAGGGGCAUAAUAGGUCCCCUUUGAGUAUAAAAAGUCGUUUACUUUCUUAGUAUGUAUCAACAUGAAUUGUUUCUCAUGAAUGUUGUUUGACUUAAUACUUUCUAUGUAUGCUUGUUCAACUGUUGAGUAACAGCUUUAGAGCUUGAGUUUAGGUGUGGAGAAUUGAGGAUCAUCUCUCUCCGGUGUAUACACAUUGUUCUUUUGCACUUUAACAUUUGUACUUUUGCCCCCAGUAUUAAAGCAAGAUUUUAUUUUUUUCUUUUCGAAAUACAGUGGUUGGACAAUGAAAUUGAAACACUGGCAAAUAUAAUGUUGGUCAUUUCAUUUCUAUAUAUGCAUGACCUGGUGGCCAAUCUUCACUGAUUUCACAUCAGUAAGAGCAGAGUGUGAAGGUUGAAUUAGCAGAGCAACAGCACAGCUGCACAUAAAAUACUGCAAUCCACACAACAUAAUGGGAGACAAAUCAGAGUUCAAAAGAGGACAAAUUGUUGGUGCGUGUCUCGCUGGCUCAUCUGUGACCAGGACAGCAAGUCUUUGUGGUGUAUUGAGAGCUAUGUUAUCCAGGGUAAUGUCAGCAUACCACCUCACAGGAUGAACCACAUCCAACAGGAGUAACUGUUAAGGCAAGAGGAAGCUGUCUGAAAGGAAUGUCCGGGUACUAACCCGGAUUGUAUCCAAAAAACAUAAAACCACAGCUGCCCAACUCACUGCAGAAAUAAAUGUGCACCUCGACUCUCCUGUUUUCCACCUUUGGUCACUCGUGCCAAUGCCAAAUGUCAGUUCCGUUGGUGCGAACAGUGGAAAUCUUGGGCUGUGGACAAUGUGAAACAUGUAUUGUUCUCUGAUAAGCCCACCUUCACUUUCUUUCCCACAUUAGUGGGAGUUACGGUGUGGAGAAGCCCCAAAGAGGCUUAACACCGGGCUGUUGCUGCCCAGAGUGAAGAACAGGCUGGAUCACUGAUGGUCUGGGCUUCAAUAUCAUGGCAUUCCUUACUGUGCUUGAUGGGCGUCUCACUGCCAAGGACUACUGAACCAUUCUGGAGUACCAUGUUCACCAAUUGGUUCAGACAUUGUACCCUGAAGGGGGCGCUGUGUAUCAGCAUGAUAAUGCACCAGUACACACAGCAAGACUGGUAACAGAAUGGUUUGAUGAACAUGAAAUUGAAGUUGAACAUCCCCCAUGGCCUGCACAGUCACCAGAUCUGAAUAUUUUUGGGGUAUUUUGGAGGAGCGAGUCUGAAAAUGUUUCUCAGCAUCACAUAGUGACCUGGACACUGUUCUGGAAGAGGAAUGAUUUAAAAAUCUGUUGUUUCUUUCAUUCCCAAGACGAACUGAUGCUGUAUUGGCUGCAAAAGGAAGCCCUACACCAUACUAAUACAUUAUUGUGGUCUAAAACCAGAUGUUUGAGUUUUAUUGUCCAUCCCCUGUAUGUUCCCAGUUCGUACUAAUUUCAUGCAACCAGCAGUAUCCUUUAUGAUGUAUAAAGGUGUAAAAAUGUAGUAUAGACGUUUAUUGUAAGAUGUUGCUUAUAUGUCAACAGGAUCAUUUUAAACACUGGACUUGAUGACUUUUUUCAUUUUGUAUUUUAUUUUAUUUUAGUUCUGUAGUAGUUUUUCAUAUUUAUAUUCAUUUUUCAAAUGACUAUGGUGUUAAAGCAAUGCAUUCUAGCUGCACUCCUUUACAACUUCCAGUUCAGUCAACAAAAUGUAUGUGUUUACAUCGGAAAUGUGAAUAGACUGUCCGAACAAUUCUCUCUAGACAAGUUUGAUUAGAAGUUCUCUGUUUUUCAUGUAGCUCGAACCAGCACUUUACGUAGGUUACAACAGCUAUACGACUAUAAAAAGGAUAUAAAUAUUAAUUUCUCUGAAACUUUCUAGUGACACUGCUGUAGGGGCGUGGAAUGUACAAUAAAUUACGUCAGAAAUUGG